AUGUCUUUACCAGCUACUUUUGACUUGACUCCAGAGGACGCCCAAUUGUUGUUGGCUGCUAACAGUCACCUUGGUUCGAAGAACGUUCAGGUGCACCAAGAAGGUUACGUUUUCAAGACGAGACCAGAUGGUGUCAACGUCAUCAACGUUGGCAAGACCUGGGAAAAGAUCGUUUUGGCCGCUAGAAUUAUUGCCUCUAUCCCAAACCCAGAGGAUGUCGUUGCCAUCUCUUCCAGAACUUACGGCCAAAGAGCGGUUCUGAAGUUCUCCGCUCACACUGGUGCUACUCCAAUCGCCGGUAGAUUCACCCCAGGUUCUUUCACCAACUACAUCACUCGUUCCUUCAAGGAACCAAGAUUGGUGAUUGUUACCGACCCAAGAUCCGACGCUCAAGCCAUCAAGGAAUCUUCUUACGUUAACAUCCCAGUCAUCGCUUUGACCGACUUGGACUCUCCUUCCGAAUACGUUGAUGUCGCCAUCCCAUGUAACAACAAGGGUAAGCACUCUAUUGGUUUGAUCUGGUACUUGUUGGCCAGAGAAGUCUUGAGACUAAGAGGUUCUCUAGUCGACAGAACCCAACCAUGGUCUAUCAUGCCCGACUUGUACUUCUACAGAGACCCUGAAGAAAUCGAGCAACAAACCGCCGAAGAGGCCACCGGUGCCACUGAGGAAGAAGCCAAGGAGGAAACCGCUGCCGAGGAACAAACCGAAGCUGCCGACUGGGCUGAAGGUAACACUGAGGAAGUUGCCUCUUGGUAA